AUGAAAAAAAUGAAAAUUUUAUCAUUUUUUAUAUUAAGUUUAGCAAUUAUAAUUGGAAUUGUUUAUUCAAGACAAUGUGACGAUAAAUGUAAACAAGAUUAUCCAUAUUCAAGUUGUAAUGGUAAUUUAAAUUUAUAUCGUGGUUUAGGGUAUGAUGGUAAUGGGAAUGUAAUUUUUAGUGGUAAAUAUAAUAGUAGUCAAGGUAGUGGUGGAUUUGGGUUACCAUCUAUUUUUUCAGUUCCAUCAAGUGGUGGUUGUCAAUUAAGUAAAAGAUUUGAUAUACAAGGUGAGAUAUUGGAUGGACCUGGUUAUACAGCAUUAGAUUAUUUUUAUAAAUAUUUACCACAAUUGGAUAGAUAUUAUGUAAGAUUCAAUCAAAGGGGUAGUCCGAUAUUCUCAAUCUAUAAUCAAACUUCAAAUGAAAUUAAGGCAGUUUUCAAUAUCUUCAAUACACCAUUCGUCCCUGCCUUCAGCCAAAAUGAGAGUGCCCCAUUCUUUGUCUAUGGUGGCUAUGGAAUCUACGGGCUAGCCAAGUAUCCAACUGAUAGAAGUGAUGCUCAACAAGCUAAAUUAAUAUACCAAUCACAAAUUGUGAAUGGGUUGGAGAUUGAUGGCGACCAAUUGUAUAUGACAACUUACCAAGGCCAAUUUUUGAAAGGUUCGCUCAACUGCUUAAAUUGCACCAAAGAUCAAUUACAAUUACUAGUGACCGAUAGUGAAUUGGCAUCUGCGACAAGUGUUAGUGGGUUCGCUUUGACAAGUGAUUAUAUGUACUUCUCGUAUAGUGGUGGAAUUAAGGGUUAUCCAAAGAAUGGUGAUGCCAGUAGAGUUAGGAAAUUAGUUAGUGAGAAUGUUGUUGCAAUGAUUUCAAAUGGUGAUUUCUUAUAUUACCAAACUGAUUCUGGUGUAGUUAAAAGUGUUUCAACCAGUGGUAACCAUCCUCAAGUUAAUAUUCUAUAUACUCCAGUCAGUGAUAACCAAUGUCAAUGCUCCGUUGGUUUUAGUGGUGAUGAUUGUAGACAAUGUGAUAAUGGUAUGGUAUUGUGGGCUAGUGACAAUGGAAUACCAAUGUGUUCACCAUUAAAUUCAUUGGGUAAACCAAAAACCUGUUAUGCUGCUUAUCAAUGUGGUUCUUCACCAUUCAUAAUUUGUAAUGGUACUUGUACUUGUUUACCUGGUUUCAGUGGAAAUGAUUGCACUCUAUGUGGAAAUGGUGGUGAAGUUAUUUGGGAAAAUGGUUAUCCAACAUGUGUUAUCCAAAUUAAAAAAAUAAUUACUUAG